AUGUUUGGAGCUCCAGAAUCGUAUACCCUUCUCUCCCGCCAAAGCCUUCCGACUGAGAAGCCUAUUGAAGAUAUCGUUCUGACACCGAGUAUUUCCCGCGCGCUCAUUCUUUGUGAUGCACAAGUCCAUUUCUACACUUUACCGGCAUUGGACCCAGUUGGUAUCAAGCCUAUACGAAACGUUGUUACGCUGGCAGUUGACGAGCAGCACCUCCGCAAACCUCCGCCUUCUCCCAAUGAUUUACCACAAACCAUCGAGCCGAUUGAGUUCUGCGUCAUCAAGCGGAACGCGAUUGCUUUAUACAGUCUAAGAGAGAAGCUCUUCUUCCAGAAGGAGAUUCCCCUCCCGUUAGGAGGCGCGCUCGCCCGACGCACAGGACAUUACCUGUGCCUGGCAGACAGCGAGCACUACAACAUCAUCGACCUUGAAGCCGCAUCCCUCUUCCCGGUGCUCCCCGUCUCGCAAGCACCUGAUUCUGGUCCCGUGAAACCGUCGAUCACGGUCAUCAGCGAGAACGAAUUUCUUAUCCUCUCGUGGACGGGCGCGAGCACGCUCGGGCUAUUCAUCACGGGCGAAGGCGAAGCUGUGCGUGGCACACUGGAGUGGCCGAGUCAUCCAGAAGCCGUCUGUCUCGACUACCCAUAUAUUACGACGCUGCUUCCGAACAACACCAUUGAAAUACACAGCAUCGAGACACAGACGAUCAUGCAGGUUAUCUCCGCUCCACCAACGUCACCGUCACCAGGUCUUGCGACCGACAGGAAGACGUUGGUCGCGAGUGCGGGUGGUUUCCUGAUACCCUCCACGCAGCUGUCAGACAAACUCCGUUCAACACCGCACCCACCGCAGACUCGGAAGAGUGGAUUAGAAGCACUAAUAUAUUCUGGUAAAGACCUUAUUGAUUGCCCGGUGGUCGGUGUCGAUUCGGACACCAGCGUCGAGGACGCUUGUGAUUUAUUGCUCUCGAACGACCUUGUAUGCUUAGCCGUGAACAGGCUUCCUGAUAGUCCUCCCCAUUCUACGACGUAUCACGGGCUAUUUGACUUCUCAGAUGUGAAUGCAUUUCUCACCUUGGCCGCUACAAGGCACAAACUUGGCUCCGAAGAACUGCGAGGAAAGCCUAACGCUGAAGAGAUAGUCGCAGCCGCCAAAGCAGGCCGAGUGCCAGUCCGUCUCGUCAGCAAUCUUUCAGAGAAGAAUCCACUUGAAAUACUCCCUCACGACGCGACUCUCCUCUCCCUGCUAGGAGUGUUCUCGCGCGGCGCACACCGUGUCCUGAUCCAAUCCCCACCACCGUCUAACGAGUACCUCGGGAUGGUGUCCGAUCGGCGGCUUCUCACGUGGUUCACAUCCUACGCGCAGAACAUCCCGUCAUUGUUACGCUUUCUAGCGAACCCACUGAGCGCGCUAUCCCUCCCGUCGCUGUACCUAUAUACGUCUGUCGUCGCAGUCCGCGCGGCGGACAACGUGCUGCAUGCGAUGACGCUCAUGAGUGACUUGGGCGUGAGCAGCGUCGCGGUCAUCGAGGAGAAGACGGGACAACUGCUGAGCGCGGUGAGUGUCACAGAUAUUGGCAAAAUUGUUGUUCCGGCCCAGAGCAACCAAAUUCUGUCGAUGGCCUUGCAUCAAUUCGUGGCUCUUAUCAAGGAACCGGACGGUUCGAUGGAUGGCGCCGACAAGUUCCCAGUCUACAGCGUCACCCCUAGUAGCACACUCUUCUACACCAUGCAGAAGUUGCUAGCCACGGAUUCGCAUCGCCUAUUCGUCACUGAUGACACGCAAUCCAACUCCGCCGCUUCUCCCUCAUCAAGCACAGGUAACCUCUGCGGCUUGGUCUCCACCGUCGAUGUGCUCUCACAGUUCGCCCGCAUCGCAAAUUUGCCGGACGUGGACCCGACACGCAUGCAGCGGCAUAGGCGCGCGUCGUCCGUGUCCUCGCAGUCGUCCAGUUCGUCUCCACGCUCAGGCUCGCUCACAGGAUCGCGCUUCUCGCCGAGCGAGAGCCUGCGCAACUCGGUGUCCAGCUUGGAGAGCUUCCAGUGGGCCGAGCGCGUGCCGUCUUCCAAGUAG